CUUAACAUUUGAGAACUGCUGAAUUUCUAUGGAAGCAUUAAAUAACUAAGAAUGUGUAUCUCAUCAUACAUAUUAAUUCUCUCCCUCUCUCUUUUUUCUCAAGGUUUUCUACUCUCAGUUUCAAAAUCUCUGCAAGAGGUGGAAGAUGAAGAUAUGUUGCUAACCACACUAAAUCUAGGAAAACCUCUCCAAAAUGGAGACACGGUUCUGAACAGAGGAGCUAUACCUUUGCUGAAGCAUUACAAGACAGAAGACAGCAUUGUUUUCAAUGAAAAGAAUGAUGGAAACAUGAAGUUUUUGGACAUGGGUUCCAGACGUGAUUUCUUAAAUCCUGUCAGGCCAAUCAACUUAGGUAGAAAACAACUACUGAAGGGAGCCAUGGCUUUUCCAGCUGACACUGAAAUUCAAAAUAUUGAAUCAAUACAGGAAAGAGAAACCACAGAUGAAGAAAAUUCAGCUAAAUUCCCUAUAGGAAGAAGAGAUUUUGACAUCCUCAGGUGUAUGCUGGGAAGAGUCUAUCGACCUUGUUGGCAAGCAUGAAAACUAUUGAUCUGCACCACC